AUGGAUAGUCAUAUGUUUUAUAUAUUCUUGCUAUAUCUUUUUUCUGUGGAAGUACAUAGUGAGUCGGCUUGCCCCACCUUUUUGAAAUGCAGUGAUUGUAUAACUUACGCCUAUGACAACUGUAUUUGGUGUUCGGCGAAAGAACAUGUCGGCAAACGAUGUAUAUCCAAAACGGACGUCGAAGGAUCGUGGUGUACGAAACCCGUCUACGAUCCACAGCCAGACAUCCAAAUAACUAAAAACGACGAUUUCAAAUCAAGUGACGACCCCGCAAGCGCAGUACAGUUGAAGCCUCAAAAAAUAAGCGUAAAAGUUCGUCCAGGCCUCCCAGUUAUAUUUCCCCUCUCGUAUAAACCCGCUAAGGACUAUCCUCUAGAUAUAUACUAUCUGAUAGACGCGUCAUAUACUAUGACAAAGCAUAAGGACAAACUCCAAGAGCAGGGCAUAAAAAUUUAUAAGGAAUUGACGAAGUUAAAUAAUAAUGUUCGAUUGGGAAUGGGCUCUUUUAUCGAAAAGCCUGGCCUGCCUUUUGCUAUUAAAGAGCACUCCGCCGCAUACGCGUACAAAAACAACCUGAAACUAACCACGGACAUGGUAAAAUUCACCGAAGCGGUGGGCAACAUUGAGAUAUUCGGUAACUACGACGACCCCGAAGCCGGCUUCGAUGGUUUGAUGCAGGCGAUGGUGUGCGAGCAGGUCGGCUGGAGGGAGGAAGCGAGACGGAUAAUAGUGUUCAGCACGGACAGUAAUUAUCAUAGUGCUGGCGAUGGGAAGUUCACUGCUGCCUACAGGCCAAACGACUUGCAAUGCCAUCUAGAGGACAAUUCAUACACCAAAGCCCUAGACUACGACUAUCCCUCCGUCAGUCAGAUCAACAAAGUGGCAAUGGAGAACAACAUCAAAAUAAUCUUCACAAUCGUCGGCCAAAGUAUACACCACUAUAAGCCCUUGGAGAAUGAAAUACACGGUGCAAAUGUGAUUGCUCUGAACUCUAGUGAUGUUGUUGGGAUGAUCAUUAAGGAGUAUCAUGAGUUGGUAAGAAAAGUGCUGCUGGAAAGUGAGUUACCACCACACAUGCGUCUCACCGCCGAUCCUGACUGCACACAGAGUAACAAACUUUGUAACCUGCAGAAAAACUCUCUCGACAUGAAACUGACAUUAGUCGUCGAUAAGUGUCUGGAAAAGAGAAAGGAACAGAUCAAAAUCGGCAUAAAUUCACUGAAGCAGAAGCUACUAGUUGAUAUAGAAUUGGAUUGCGAAUGUGAAUGCGAGAAAAAGGGGGAAGGAAAGUCGAAAAUGUGCAACGAAGCCGGCACCUACCAGUGUGGAGUAUGUGCUUGUGAUGACAACAGGUACGGGCCGACUUGUCAAUGCAGCGGGUCGAAGGAUGCUACCGACACCGACAAGUACAAGUGUAACUACCAGAACGAAACACAACCGUGUAGCGGUCGAGGAACUUGCAGAUGCGGCAAAUGCGAGUGCCGACCCGGCUUCUCGGGCGAGUGGUGUGAGUUUGACGACGGGAGCUGCGCGCGGCCCGGCGGCUUGCUGUGCGCCGGCCACGGCCGCUGCGAGUACGCCAGGUGCCGCUGCGACGCCGGCUGGAACACCACGGCCUGCCGCUGCCCCGAACACAACAGGGGCUGUGUGGCGCCGCACUCCGACGAGGUAUGCUCCGGCAAUGGCGAGUGUGACUGCGGACAGUGCAAGUGCCUUACAGACGGCUGUUCCGGACAGUUCUGCGAGAGAUGCAACACCAACAGUCCGAAACUGUGCAAGCAACUGGAAGACCCCGUGCUAUGCAUCAAGUCUGAGGAACGCUGCGAUGAAAAAUACAAGCAGCUCCUAGACUAUGAAGUGUACAAAAUAAAUCGCGACGAAUUCGACUCCGAAGUCGAGCAUAUUAACGCCCAAAGAUGCUACAAAGUGUUGAAGAAUGCGACAAUAAUAGUAUUUAAAGUUAACGUACAAACUGUCCCGCCCGUUAUAUUGAUUCAGGAAGAAUUGGAUUCGCCGUCGAAAGCUCUUAUAUGGAUUGCCGUCGGGAGUGCGAUCGGGCUGGUCAUCCUAAUCGGACUCCUGACCGUCGUAAUCUGGAAGUACCUGAUCGACCUGCACGACGCGAGAGAAUACAAGAAGUUCGAGACCCUGGCCAAAAAAGAUGGUUACGACGUAGCUGAAAACCCUCUGUACAUGUCUCCGCUAGUCGACGUCCGGAACCCGGCGUAUCACGAAAAUUAAUAUGAAUACGUAAAAUAAGUUUUACAAAUUAUUGCAUAUUAAAUAAAAAAAACAACGAAACAUUAUUUAAAAAAAAAUGAAAAAAAAGAACACUAAAAAAACAACACAACCGAGUACGCAAAAACCGAUCCGAGCGAUAGAAACCCGCGGGUCGAGUGUCCUUUUCUAAUGACACAAUCGCAAAUCGAAACACGACAAUAGCAAGAUGUCAGAUAAGGGCACACAGCACACACCGGACUCCU